UAUCGCUGUAAUAUAAAGGCAGUGUCACGGACACAGAACGGAUAACUGAAUGUAUACGCCAGCAGCUUGCAUAUCAAGUCGCACCCCAGUCAGAACAGGAACAAGAAACAUGGUUCAGCGUAAUUCCCCCGUGACAGGAGGCCUGAUGAUACUGACAUCUAUUUGCCAGGUGAUGGCCGGUUCAUAUCUCCAUCACAAAAGGUCAGAAGAAGCUCUACCCUACCACGGAGAGGUGUCGAGGAUUCUAACGGCACCAAAAACGUACAGCUACGGAUAUUCAGUGCAUGUGCCGCCUCGACAAAUCAAGGAUGAACGUCAACACUCCUACGACUACCAGCUGCAAGUUCCCAGGAAGAAUCCAGCCUUUGCGGGCAGCUCUUACGACUACAAACUGGAGGUCCCUCCGGCACUCGAGGAGGAGCUCAAAUAUUUGUUUAACUACGAGCCGCUAGUGCCUACACCAAAGCCACACCCCAAGACUAGCGAAGGUGUCGGGGCGGACUGCCAUGAUUUCUACUCAAGUAGAAGUGCCAAUAAUUCAGCCUACUACCUAAACAAAGGACCCAGGUACGAUGACAGAGAAUAUUACACACACAGUGACAGCUAUAGCAAUAAGAAGCAGAUAAACCAUCACAGAAGCAGAGAAAAACGAGAUACUAAUGAUGAAAACAUAGGAUAUGAUCACACAGCCAAGGAUGGUUUUGGUUCCAUUGCCUCUGGAGAUUAUUUUAUAUUAACGUUUGACAAAAAUUCGGUUUUGGGAAGGUCUGAGUCCCAUACAGAAAAUAACAGCAGUUUGGAAUUUGUGGGAACAAUAUCUUCCAAUGAACACAGCAGUUCAGAGACCGAAGAUGUAAAUCAUGCAAAAGCAAAGCAAUACGCAUUGUCUCACUCACCUAUGCAGAACCAACAGAACGACAAACGUUCAGUAUCGCCUAGUUUACCUAAUAACUCCACCAGUUACAGAAAUUUUAUGCGCAGAAACCAGCGUCACUCUUCCCACAAACACAACGACAAAGUGUCGGAAGAAACAAACGACAGCUUUAAUCACCUCCUUCCAUCAGAAAACCUCGAACAUAACACAGCGUUCCCUUACACAACCAGCAAAGUAGACAGCUUCAGUUACAUAGCAUCGGAUGAAGACAGGAGAACUUACGAAGAUAUGUCCUGGGUUCAUUAUUUUGGAGCACAAGAUUUCAGUAACAAGGACGCUAAUUUUCUCGAAACGGAUUCGUUCUGGAAAGAUAAUGCAGAUGAUGAAGUGAACAACACAUUUCCAAGAUAUAACAAAGCAAGGAAUGAAAGCAACGCUCAUCACAAACGCGUAGAGCAUUAUGAUGCACAAAACACAAAGGCAAAACACCCGCGAAAACAUCAAAAUUACAAUCCCAAAGGCACAACACAUGAGGAGACCGAAGAAAACAUUUCAGACGAAAUGGAUCAUACGUCACUUUCACCACCGAUCCAUAGAAGUCUUUCAGACAACGCCAUUUCGGCGUACAGUAAAAACGACACGACUGUCAACAAGAAGCAACAAACCUUUUCUAAUACAUUUGGUAGGAAAGUAACUGAAGGUCAGUAUAAUAACAAUUUCAAUGGAAAAUCAGAAAUACAAAGUGAAACAAAUAAUGCAGACUCCAAAGAAAUUUAUGAAUUUAUGAACAUGCACGAACAUAAAAUUAAGUUAGAUGCAGAUUCAAUUAACAAGAAGAAACAAUUAAAUUCACUACAGAACAAUAAAUCUUUGAUAAAUAGUAACAAGGAAGAAACAAUUGUUGGCAUAAAUGAUGAUCCAAUUAUUCUUACACCGAACCAAAUACAUUACCAUAACCAAGAGAACAGUACGACUGACAGUGGAAUUCCCUUUAGCUCUGAGACGCAGCAGGAGUCACAGGACACCCACAGAAUAAACAAAACAUGGAACGCCUCAGAAGUAGAACAAAAAAUCGUGUAUCCAUCUGAUAGCAUAAAUCAACACGAAGAUGUAAAGAACUCUGAGUAUCCGGGCGACACAACUGAGGACAAGAGGGAAGAGGAUGCAUCUGAAAGAAAUCUUGAUGAAACUGACAACAGAAGUGAAACGGUUAGAUGGAAACGAUUUGAAACAAACCGCCAGUCUUCCAACAUGAACUUGUCCAAAGUACACCGGCAAACAGUUCCCAUCAACACUGUAAACAAAAACGGCAGUAGUCCCGGGUUUAAGUCUCGUGUUAAACCACCGUAUACUGUAACUGCAAGAAACAGAGAAAGACCAUUUUUCAAACAAGGAAAUAAGCUCUUUGGAACGGAACUCCACCAGAUCACACAGUAUCUUGAUGACAAAGAUCAAGAUAUGGGGAAAUUGUUCAUCAAAAACUCACCAACGUAUCUACACGAAAAAGAUAAAAGCACGAAGUUAGACAACGAUUCUGUGCAUCCUGUUUCCAGUCACAAUGAUGAUUAUCAUAGUGAUCCGGAAAUAUACAAAAGCACUGGUUUAGAUCAAUAUAAUUCGGUCACUCACGCAAAUAAUUUUAAGACAGACAUGAAAUUAAGCGAUCAGAUUUAUAGCGACCUGUCUUUCGUUCGGAACGACAAGGAAAUUAUAGGGUAUUUCCCUCACCAAUCGAAAGGCAUACUUUUUUCUGUCGAAAAUAAUGAAGGAGGCUACCGACAAGGAGACAACAACCGGAAUGAAUAUGAUUUGAAAUAUAAACAGGGUGGUAUUGAAGAAGGGCAUACCACCAUACCGAUCUCUGCUCAAAACGGCAAAGAAUAUACACGCGAGCAAAAAGGUAAAGACAUGCCCAUAGAAGAAAAAUCUAAUACAAUUGAUUAUACAACAUCUUCAUAUCCAUGCAGCAAACACAGUGACACUUUGUCUCAGCAACAGAAUAAGAAGCUUAAAAAAGAUGCCCACAACAUUGAAACUUUGGCUCAAGAUGCUGGAAGCAUUAAUAUUUACAGGAAAACUGGUCCGUGGGACUAUUUCAGUCACCACAGGAAUCAUGACAGAUCCAGUAAAGACGAAAUAAAUACAGAAGAUAGCAUAAAAGAUCAUCGAACAUUAAUGUUCAGAGAAGCCUCUUAUAACCCAAAAUUUUAUGCUAAAACAGAUAAGAGAAAGAUAUCUAAAUCCAAUUCUUAUAUAAACAAGGAAGAGUCUGAACACUGCCGCUGCAGUAACGUAGAAACAAAUCUAGACGACAAUCUAAACAAUUACCAAACAGGCGACUUCAGAGGAACUCGCCAUCAUCCAAAUGUUAAAAUUAAAGUAGAGAAUAUAAAGAAAUCUUUUUCUCCCACAAACAAUGAGAAUCACGGAGACAAAGAAAAUGCACUACCAAACCUUUUCCGCCAAUUUAAUGAAACCUAUUUUAUAAAACACACCCCUCAAAACGCCAGCCCUUAUGGGAUAACUUGGGAAUUAAAUAACGAACGUUUCCCAGGUAACAAAGCAAAUUUAAUACGAAGCAACAUUCGUCCCAGCAUUCACAUUAAAGAUGGAAAAUUAAUAGAGGAGACACAUUACUCUCCUGUUAGUUUUCAACGAACUGCGAGUAAUUUACAAUACAAUAAUGACAAAAUUUCGCCCGGUACUAUGCACAGGAACACCGAUCGCAUCGCCGUCCAUGAUUACAAUUCGCACUCACUGAUGCCACAUCUCAACAAAUCGAAAUCGAAAGGAAAUGCAACAGGGAAAAAAGAAGAUCUAAGUCUGCAGCUUCGUGCUGACGCAGUACAGCUUCAAAUCGAAGAAUCAAUCAGUAAGAUGCUUGGAAAACACGGGCUCGCAGACAUGAAUAUAUCUUCCUCAAAUAUUAAUGACUGGGGUCAUAUGAAAAAUCAAAUAUUAAACGAUGUGAAAAUGAAUUAUUAUAAUGCAGAAAGAAGUCACCCAGAGAUAAAUUCAAAUGCAGGUUUCAAAACAAAUGAAAUUGGAUUCAAAAGUAAAAUUAAACUGCCAUGCGAAAUCCACAAGGGAGAUACUGAUACUGGACUGUACACACAUAUUCGUCAGUGUGAUUUGCGAAAUAACAUAAAUCAUCCCAAGACUACCAAGUAUUACGACAAAAUUAAGAGGUACGAGGAACAGAAAGGGCCCACGAACGUGGUGAACAAGUCUGAGGGCAGACAUUUCGCUGUUCACGAAACAUUCAAGUUGCCGCGCAACAAAAAGGGAAAACUGGUGCCAACAGGUGUCCGUGAGGGAGUCAAACAAUCUCCAUGCAGAAACAAAGUCUUAAAUGUGUCUUGCAUGGGUAAAUGUGUAAGAAAAUGCAAGGAAUGUACACAAGAAGACAGGGACCACAAAAUUUCAAAGGCCAUUGCUGAUAACAAAGCUGCAGAAACCGUUAUACCUUCAUUAUUAGACAAAGUAAUUCUCUUCAACACAGACAAUAUAGAUGCGACCAGAAAACGUCAGAAAUAUGAGGGAGAGGUUAAGGAAUAUGAUCUGGACGAAUGGAAAACUGGAAACAUGUAUGGAUAUUCCACCCAAAAUGAUGCUAAAUUAGUGCAUGAAUCUCAAUACAAUAGACCCAUAAGUGCGUCCGAAAAAAAUCUACUUUCCGAAAAGCUUUAUAAUCAGAGGCAUAGUUCAUUACCUAGGAUCCCACUAGAUCAAAUAUUUCAGACAGAAGAGGAUAAAGUAUUUGAAAACCUAAAUAGAAAUGAAAAAUAUCGAUUAGAACCCAAGAAAACUAAUACCCAACCCAAGCAUUCAUUUCUUUCUAAAGUUGGCAACCACAUUAGUAAGGGAAAAGAGAGUCACACAGACCCAAUAAAACAUAUCACAGAUUACCCAGGUGCCAUACAUCCACACGAGCAUUCUGAAUAUACAGAAGCCAGUUCCAUUGGGAACAAGAAAUCCAAACAUUACUCGUAUAAGUUACCACCACAAGUAAUAGCAAAAUACGUCCCUGCUCACUACCGACAUUACGAAGAAUACUCUCCUUCUGAGAAAUUGGAUUUGCACCGGCCCCAGAGAAGAUCUCAACACAGUCAUGAGGUAUACCCUAGAGAAAUCCCGGACAGCGACGUUGGACUUGAAACACAGAUACGAAGUCCAUACGUGUCUGACGAGUAUUAGAUCUCGCAGUUUUCCGUAUUUCAAUAGUCUUCUUCUGUUGAACCAGUUCACACCUAUACAUAGGCCUAUGAAAUGAAUGGCAAAAACACUUAACCUAACGUACUAAUCCCAACAAAGGCGAAGGGUUAUGCGGACAGAAACGGAACUGGUCAUUCAAAAGCACGACAAGUUGCUCACCUGAAGAUGGAAGCAGAGCCAGCGUCCGAAAUUUGUGCAAUUUUUAAAUUAAGGCACAAUAAAAAUAUACAUAUUAAAGAGUUAUUUCCAUCUGCAAGUGUCAAAUUGUACAUUUUCUUAAGUAAAUAUUAAGUCAAUGCGCCAUGUAAACAAAACAAUGUAAAUUCAUAUAAAAGUGGGAUACGAAUUUUGAUACAUUUAUUUCAAAAUACAGUAUAAACGCUUGAAGGUAUUUAUCGUAUUGGAGAAUUUAGUGGUGGCCACAUCUUCGCAGAAAAUAGUCUCAUUGCCAACAACAAUGCACAUUUUUCAUACAGUAUCAUUUCUGGCACCGCCUAGACAAGACAAUUUUUCCAUAAUGCGAGUAGGGCACAUAAUAAAACACAACUUCUGCGGAAAGAAAACGAACACGGCCCACCUUUAUUUCACCGCCUCUUAUAACUAGUUUAUUUGUAUGUUCAUAAUUUGAAAAGUUCAUUGCACGAACGUGAUAAACUCGCGCAUUUAGUGGACAUUAAAUUGUUAAUGUAAACGAAAUGACUCCACUGAUAUCAAGUGUACUACAUACAUGUACCGGACAGUUG